AUGACUGAGUGCGCACCUUUGAACCAGCACCAAGGGGGCCCCAAGGGAUUAGGGGGCUGCUUACAGGGCGAGUGGGCGAAGGCGGCUGACGGGAGAGCUCCCGGCGCUGCCGAGCCCGCGCCGCCUGAAUCCCCGGCAGGAGGAGAGGAAGGAUAUGGCGGGGCAGGAGAGGACCCGGCCGGCAGCCCCGGCGCGGCCGCGCAGGGAGCCGCGGCGAGCCGGAACGCGCCUCGCUCCGCUGCGCCUGGCACUGUGGCAGCGGGAGGCGGGGAGGACACCUCCGAGCCCCCCCCGGCCGGGCCCGCGGCCCCUCACCGGCCCAACUCGCCUCCCCCCGGGCCCGCAGCCACCCACCUCCACUCCGCGUUCCUCACGCCACCUCCCCCGCCGCCCCGGGCCGCGCUGGGCGUGCGGGACCCGCCGGCGCAGAGCCCGCGGCCCGCUCCUGUGGCGGAGCCCUGGCGCGGCCUAGCUGCGGCCUCCUCGCGGCCUGCGCCGCGGCCUGCGGAAGGGAGCGCGCCGCCACCGCCGCCUCGGGCCGUCCGCCCGCCCGCCCGCGGGGGCCGGUGCGGCCGAGCGGGCCGGGGGCCUGUGCGGGGCGGGCGAGGCGGCGGUCGGGGCGGCGGGGCGGGGGCGGCGCGGCGGCGCUCGGUCCCGCGGCUCCUCCUGCCGCCGCCUCCGCCGCGGCUCGGCCGCGCUGCGCUGCCCGGGGCUCGGCGUGCGUCCGCGGAGCGCAGCGGUGCCCCGGGACCCCCUCCCCGCCCGACCCCUCCAUGCCGGGCGAGCCCCCCCGCGCGCCUCCAGGCCCGCGGCCCGGCCCGGCCCCGGAGCGCGGACCGGAGGCUCCGCGGCCUCGCCGCGGGCUUGGACUCGGGUGUGCACGGCGGGGAGCACAUUUUUGGGUGCGGGGACUCCGCGCUGGGAUGGACGCGGGCCGAGGGCCGCGGGUGGAGCGGCCUCGGGUCACCCCGGCGCGGGGUGCGGCUGCCGGCGGGAAUCGCCGGGACCAACAAGGACCGCGGAAAGCAGCGGGGUGCGGUGCCGGACCCCCGGUCCCCACGGAGAACACGGACGGCGCUCCGCGGGGGCCACUGGCACUCACGUAACAGCAGAAUCGGGGCGGUGGAGGUGGUGGUUCGCAUUUUGGGGACUAUGGAAAAUUGGACAUAAUUUGGCGUUGAAACCUAAGGCCUGUCUAGAGUUGUUUUCUCACCCUUAUCGUAAAAGUUAAUAAGAAUUUUUUUUUUCUUUUUUUAAGGAAAGAGUUGUUGUUGAUCCAUGAAAGAUGCAGCCUAAAGUUUUUGAGGCAUUAGAAAUUAGGUGGGUACCCUCAUGGAUAUGAGGAGCUACCUUCAAAUCGGUUGCAAAAUUGUGGGGCCAGGCCUCAAGGAGGUUUCUUCAAGAGGCGUUUUUAACGUUUAAGGAAACUGGAAGGAAAUUGGCUGUUGCACUUAUCAAAUGAUGCAAAUGUGACUUAUCUGGCUGAGAACAGCGAAUGUGUUGUGUUUAUUUUGCCAAUUAGCCUCUGGUUCAGCUUUUACUCCACUUUAAUUUUAUGCACUAGUCUUUUCUAUCUUAACACACAGGCAUAAAAUAUAAAUUGGGCGGUCCUUGGAGUUUAUUUCAGUACAGUGUUUGAUAAACAUGCAUCCUGCAAACUUUAACGGUGUGUUGUGGGCUGACCCUGGCUGGAUGCCAGGCACCCACCAAAGCUGAUCUGUCAUCCGCCUUCUCAGCUGGACAGGGAAGAGAAAAUGUAACAAAGUUAAUGAGUUGAGAUAAGGACAGGGGGAGGUCACUCAAGAAAUACCUAAGGGCAAACAGGCUCGAUGUGGGGAUGUUAAUUUAUUACCAACAAAAUCAGGGCCAGGAUAAUGAGAAGUAAAAUAAAUCUUAAAAACCACAUUCCCCCCACCUCUUUCUUCUUCUGAAGCUCUACCUCCUUUUCCCCCAGCAGGGAAGAGAGAUGGGAAUGGGGGUUAUGAUCAAUUAAUCACAGAUUUUUCCUCCCACUGCUCAGGAUGAGGAGUCCUUCCCGCAGGAGACAGUUCUCAAUUAACACCUCCUGCAUGAGUUCAUCCCACAGGCAACAGUUCUGCACAACAUGCUACAAGUUAUCCCAGAGGUGUUCCCACCAUUCCUGAUGGGCUCAGCCUUGGCCAGCUGUGGGUCCAUCCUGGAGCUGGCAUUGGCUCUGCUGCACAUGAAGGAAGCUUCCGGCAGCUUCUCACAGAAGCCACCCCUGUAGCACCCCUGCUACCAUGACCUACUUGGAUAAACCCAACACACCAUGAUACUGAGAACAGAAGGGGAACAGUAAUACUUCAAAAAUUUAUUUUAUUUAAUUCCAUUAAGGUAAUAGUAAAACUUUUGUAGACUCAGCCCAGAACUGGGUUUCAGGAAGGCAUCCUAAAAUACUGACCGUCACAAGGUUUUCUGAGCUUGACCAUACAUGUGAUAUUAAUGUAAAAUAGUCUUAAGUAAAUAUUUUUGCCAGGAUGGAAGAGGCUAAGGGAAAGAACAGAGAAGGAUGGUGGUUAGUUCAUAAUCAAUAGUAAGGUAACUCUAGUAUAAAUAAGUAAAAAAUUGGAAAAUUUAUUUCUUUGUCCUUAUGUUUGAAUUUAAGACUGUGAAUUUCUUUGAAACAGUGGAACAUGUUUCCCAUAGAGAUAGUGAAGCCUCUGGAUUUGAAGAUACUCAAAAUCCAACUGGACACAGCCUUAAGCAACCUCCUGUAGGUGGCCCUGCUCUGAGCAGGAGGGUUGGGGAAGACAAUCUGCAGAAACACCUUCUAACUUGAACAAUUCUAUGAUUUCUAAGCCAGUUUUCCAACAAACAUAAAAUGCAUAGAAAAUUCCAGUGAACAGUACAAUAUGCUCUAAGGUCUUUGGUUCCAAGGAUGUUUUAUUCAAUUUCUUGUUCACCUAGGCAAUGGAAAUCCAGAAUGCAGGGCAUGUUGCACUCAAAGAUUCAACAUAGCCAGUUGUCAUGUUAUUGCAGGGGAAGAGCUUCAGAAAAGUAGAAUGCCAUUAAAAGGCAAAUGGCUGGAUGUCUUCUUUGCAAACUUAUUUGCUAACUUCUUGACUGGCUGGCCAUUCAUCCUGUCUCUAUGUAACUGUUUCACAUUUAUCCCCUAGUUCUUCACCACUCAGGAGCAGGAUACGAGCAUAUUUUGAAUGUUUUGUGUAAUUUUUGUCUUGAUGAAGGCAUUACCUCAGUGUUUUCUCAACCACUCUGGUUUCCAAUAGGCCACAGACACCCUGGUGUGAUCAGAAACAGGGUAACUCCCAUGGGUGCAGCUGCCAGGAAGGAAGCCGUGUUUGCAGCUGAUAUUCACAGCCCUUUCUGCUCCCACAGCCAGCAGAGGUAUCCAAGGGCAGAACACACUUGGGAACUGCAGGUACCAUGGGUGUGCUGGCACCACGCUGGAACAACAUAGGUUAACUUACCUGCAGAAAUGUUUUUGUAACUUGCACUGUCUGGAAUUCAGUAGGCAAAGAGUAAAACUACAUUGUAAGCAAUAGAUUUCUGACCUUCACUGGUGGUUAGGUUGUGUCAGAUUUGUACAGCAGAGAGAGAAUACAGCUUGUAUAUAAAAGUUUGUAGCUCAGUUGUUCUCACUUCUCAGUGAAUAGACCCCUUGCAGUCCAACUCUAAUUUUACUUGUGAUCUACUGUUCCUUUGUGUUUUUCCCUAGAGUUUAUUUUGGUGUCACUCAGAAGUAGGUACUGUGCUAUAUCUUUUUCCUCACAAAAGCAAACGAAGUCUGUGGCUUUUGCUCAGUGUCCUCUUAAAGUCAUACUUGAAUGUAGCAGUCAUGGAGUUAGAUCUGGAGAUGCCUGCUGCUAAUUUCAUACUUGGACAUUUAUUCAUCACAAUGGCUAUUAGAAUGUUGUGAUCAGGUUCCAGCUUGGUAAUCUUAAAAGAAGUUACUUUGUUGAGUCAUGAAAAAUGGGUUACAGCUCCAGGUAAGUAUGGCUGAUGUUUUUAUCCAUCUUCCUGAUAAUUUUCUUGUCAAUAAAUGAUAAUAAUUCAUAAUGA